GUUAAAAGAAAAUUAAGGCUUCGUGAAUAAUAUGUUACACAUAAAAUGUACCCUAUUAAGUGUUGAUAAUUCAAAGAAAAUUGAAAAGAAAGCGGAAUGGGACGUUAGAAAAUCUUGGACGAAAAGCUCGCUUAAAAAUGUUAUGUUCACAUUGCUUUGAAUUAAACACAAGAUAGGUUAUAAAAUGGCAACAUUGGUAACAAUGAGCAGCGCCACUUCACCAAAGUCGUCUCUUGCCAAACUUGUGCUGUAUCCGAAACAAAAACCUUUCAAAGUCAUGGUGCUGGGCCAGUCCGGAGUAGGGAAAUCAGCGCUUGUGGUUCGGUUCAUUACGAAACGUUUUAUUGGAGAAUACGAUCCCAAUUUAGAAAAGAUCUACGCCUUCCAAACUGUUAUUGACAACGAAAUGGUUUAUUUCGAAAUACUCGACUCGGCCGGAGAUCCUCAUGAAAGUGAAUACGCGAACUUGGAGAGCAACAUUCGAUGGGCGGAGGCUUUCAUCUUGAUGUACUCAGUGACGGACAAAUGCUCCUUCGACGAGUGCCACCGCCUCAAAUUCCUUAUCAAUUACAACAAGAGACGACGUAGACUAUCAGCAACUAAGGAUAGUGUACUAGAGACGCCGGUGGUUCUGGUGGGGAAUAAGACAGACCAGAUCGGGGACCGCAUGGUGACUACGGAAGAGGGCCAGAGACGCAGCAAGGAGAUAGGCUGCGUGUGUUUCCAUGAGAUCUCAGUAAGAGAGAGCAUCGACCAGGUGUGGGGUGUGUUCCGGGACGCGCGUCGCUUCUGGCGUGUGGGCAGCAAGUGGACGCGAGGACGCGGAGACGCGCGCGUGUCCGCCACACUUGCACGCCCGCUCGCGCGCGCUUCCUCCGACUCAGCACCUGAACCUCCAACUGCACCAUUCUGUCGUCGUUGGACCGAAGUGGAACUAGAAGAAGAGGAUGAGAUGGGCGUGGUGCGGAGUGACUCCACUUCAUCAUCAGGUCUGUCGGAGGGCGCAGAGGAGUUCCGAGCGCGGGCCAGCACUGACUCUCGGCUGCCGCCGCGGCCGGCGCGCCCCCGCCACCCCGUGCCCGCGCGCCCCAUGCCGCCGCCGGUGCGCCGGAUGAGCGUCUCCAUGAAAGGAAACAAUGCUAGUACAUAUUAA